AGUCGGCUAAACGAUGAAAUCGUUUUGACGAGUCCUUGCUAUCCAGCGAUUCUCUAAGUCUAAAUGGACCAAAUAACACAGUGAAGGGAUGUAGUUCCAUUAGAUUUCUCAAACUUCAAACAGUUCACUGCAUGAAUGAAGUUAAGUUGUGUGAAUUCCCUUUGCUAUGACCAAUAUACGAUGUAAUCUGUCAUAUUUAUGACUUGUAAUUGUGCAAUACUCGAAUGUAACUCAUUAAGCAUAAAUGUGCAUUUUAUGAAUUGCGCAGGCUUUCAAAGCUUGCGUAACAUCCAGCGAAAGACAAAAAAUAGUUCCACAGGGCUCCAGAUAAGAUGCGUAUUAGCGUAAAUUACGUAUAGAAAUAAUGCAAAUACGCAUGUCUAAUAAUUUCUAAGCGUAUAAAAACGUAUAUAAAAUUACAGAAAUGCACACAAUGCUUUUUUAAAAACAAAAUCUGAAUCGUCUGGAUGCGUUAGGUAACAUAGCCGAUCCCGAUCACCCUUAAUUCUCCCACAUUGAACGUAUACACGCAUCGUAUGAUUUCUAUAAACUUUGCGUGGGUUUCUACACACACACAUGAAUUUUGCAGUCAGUAAACGGAUAAAUUAUCGGAAGAAGAAGCUCUUACUGAUUUUCCUGGACCUAAAACUGUCAGUUAUCUAGAAUGGCAAGUCAAACGAAAACGUUAGCAUGGCAAACUGAACGAUCGUUUGAAGAAACAAACAGGCACAUGUUACAUGACGGUGUACUUUGUGACGUAACUUUUUUGGCGGGAAGUAGCAAGAAAGAAGAAGUGAAAGCUCAUAAAUUUGUCAUGGUGAGUAGAAGUCCUGUGUUUUACGCGAUGUUCUGUGGUUCACUUGCAGAAUCCAGCAGUACUGUACAAAUUCCAGAUAUUGAACCUGAAAUAUUUCGAGAGUUAUUAAGGUUCAUUUAUACUGAAGAUUGCACAAUCAACGAUGACAACGUCAUGUCCCUUUUAUACAGUGCGAAGAAGUAUGAAUCCAACCGUCUUGCAGAGAAAUGUAAGGCUUACUUAAAUACCCAGCUUUCUAUCGACAACGUCUGUGUCAUAUUACAGCAUGCACACAAGUUUGAUGAAGGUGAACUAGACGAAAAAUGUCUUGAGUUUGUUCUUGAGAAUGGGGAUGACGUAAUAAAAUCCGAUGGGUUUUCUUCUUUAUCAAAAGCAGUUCUUCAAAAAAUCAUCGAAUCAGAUAAGCUGAAAGCAGACGAGUUAAAUAUUUACGAUGCAUGCAAGAGAUGGGCACUUCAGCAGUGUGAAAAGAAAAGUGACAAACGUGAAAUUUUACCUGCUGAUUUGAGAGCGAAACUUGGUGAUUUGAUCUACUUGAUAAGGUUUCCUACAAUGUCUAUUGACGUGUUUUCAAAACACGUGUCUAAAGAUCACAUUUUAACUGCAGAAGAAAACGUGUCUGUUUUUCAAAGUAUAGCAGAAGGUAGCUCAGAUAAUAACAAAUAUUCCUUUUGCAGCGCAAAGAGAAAUGUUUGGGCCUCAAAAGAAAGAAUAACAAUAACAAGAUGCAAAUUGAAUAAAACAAGACAAUGGGCUCAAGGAGGAUGCCCAGAUGUUAUAGAUUUCCGGGUAUCCCAUCAGGCUAGACUUUUAGGUGUGAGUCUGUUUUCGCCUAGAACCGCGGGAACAUUAGUAGGAAAACUCAGUUUGCAAUGUUGCAGCUCAAUAUUAACAUCAAAGAGCGAUUUAAAGAUAUCGUUUCAGGAGUCAAAGUACAGCGAGGAAGUUUUAUUUGAUAAUCCACAGAUAGUAGAACCUGAGAAGGUAUAUUCAAUUUAUGCAGAACUUAAAGGUCCUAAUACAUAUAGAGGCCAAGACGGUCUGGCGAAAGCUUCCUCAGGUUCACUUUGUGUGUCGUUCUUCAGCAGUGAAAAGAGCACUAAUAACACAAAUGUAACCAAUGGACAAUUCUAUUAUCUCAUUUUUGAUUAGAAUGUAUUUUAUGAGAAUUAGACAAAGAAAAAGUAUAACGUUUGUCACACAGUUUGUUUAGAAACUUAAAAAUAACAUCUAAAUUAUCUCAUAAAAUCGAUUCCUGGAAUAUGCGAUGAUUAAAUCGUAGUGGAGUGGUGAGAUAUUAUCUUCUACCAGUUACAUACGUUUGUUCUGUCAAAUAAAAAAUGGCCUUUAUGUGCAGUCUUUUUUUAAGAUAACCACAAGUACAAAUAAAUCUGUACUUUGAUGCUAUGCAUAAAUACUGUCAUAUAAUCAUAAUAAGGAGAAAGGCUAAUUUGUUCUUAUGUUUAUUCGACUUAAAAGUAAGAAGGCUAUGAACAUUUUAAUGUUUGAUCAAAAGUGCAGUCAUUUUGUU